AAUGCAGCAUGAAUACGGAAACCAGUGUUACCGCAGCUAGAAACCAAAUAAAUUUUUGUAAACAAUUAAAUUUGGAAGAGAGAGAGAAACAAGUAGUUAUUUAACGCAACUUUUGUCACAGAGGAGGAGCAGGAUUUAUUUAUUUUUAAAUCCAGUAACAGGAAACGGCUCAUCCCCCCCAAACAAUCGUCACGGGGCAAAGGUCAGCCAAUCAGAUGAACGGAAGUUUACCGUUGCGGUAAUCCGGUUCAGAGACGACAAGUGCGGCCGACAGGAGCUGAACUCAGUCACAAUUUUCAGCUCCGUGAGCCCUAAAAGCUGCAGUCUUUACCGGCUAACCACCGAGCUGAGCGUCUGUGUACACUGCCAUGGUGGACUGAUGUGUGUAACGACGAGAAGCGUUUGCACAGGAGGAGAUUUUUUUUCUUUUUUUAAGCUAGUUUGUACCUCCAGUUGGUGAUGGUGUACACAGGGCUGGAUGAGUAGCCUGACGAGCAGCGAGUAGUAGCCUGACGCCUCUUCACCGCAGGCCGGGACAAGCGUUUCAGCUGAGUCCGGAGGACCAAGACAACCAAAUGCUUCCAAGUUUUUGACAAUAAACGAGGUACUUGGAUACAGUCGGUCUGCUCCAAACUGCCUCACCAGUUCCUGCUGAAAGUGAGACCCAACCAGCUUUCACGGUGGAAACGAGAAGAAGAGCAAAGAUGAAUGCUGUGCGGGGGGGCACAGUCACCUGGCGUCCCCAGCCGUGGCAGGACGGAGACGGGGGCGGAGGGGAGCCUCUGUCAGACAGCGACUCAGAGGAGGAGGACUUCCCCGAUGACAGCACCACCCCGCUGGGGGACUACAUAACUCAUGGACUGAAGCAACUCCUGGAUGCUCAGCAGCUGUGUGAUGUUACCCUCCUUGUUGAAGGAAAGAAGUUCAUGUGUCACAGAGUCCUUUUAGCAGCCGUGAGUCCGUACUUUCGGGCCAUGUUCACCAGCCCGCUGGUGGAGUCUCGCCUCACAGAGAUCCGGCUUGAGGAAGUGACGCCAUCUGUCAUGGAAACCAUCAUCCAGUUUGUGUACACUGGGGAGGCUGGGCUCUCUCUGGAUACAGCUGAGGAUCUGUUUGUGGCUGCCAACCGCCUUCAGGUCAUGCCCCUCCAGGACCUGUGCUCCAGGUUUCUUUUUGAGCACCUCUCAGUGGACAACUGCCUGGGGAUGUACUCUCUGGCUCGCUCUCACCAUGACCAGCUCCUGCUGCGUGCCUCCCUGCGACUGGUAGCCCAGCACUUUCCCCGGGUGGCCCGCCAGAAAGACUUCCUCCUGCUCGACCACGGCACCUUAGGCAGUCUUCUGAGCUCCGACCGUCUGGGCGUGGACUCGGAGGCGGAGGUAUAUGAUGCGGCACGCCGCUGGGCAGAGCACCAGCCUUUGGAUCGCUACGCUCACAUGCCGGCGCUGCUUCACCACCUGCGCCCCGGGCUGUUGUCCCAGGAAGAGAGCCGAAGACUGAGCCAAGAACUGGGGCCAGCAGCAGCAGGAGAAGGCCUCGGCGGGCCUCUCAGACCACGAGAGGGAAUGUUUGAGAAAAAGAUUGUCUGUGUGGACCUGACGCCUCGGGAAGAUGAGUAUUUAGCUGCAAGAGACUACACGGUGGACUGCUUUGAUCCUCGGACAGGGAAGUGGGAGAAGCUAGCACCACUCGGCUCACUUGUCAGUCCUGGCUGCACAGCUGUGGGCGACAGGCUUUUUGUAGCUGGUGGGAUCCUGCGGACCGGCUCUGUGUCUGCAGCCGUGCAUGAAUACGAUGCUGUGUUGGACCGCUGGAUAGAGCAGCCUUCGAUGGUCCAGCCCCGGGCCAUGCUAGGCCUCCUUGGAUGUGGAGAGUCACUCUAUGCUUUGGGUGGCAGCAACCGCUCAGCUCUCCUGGACUCCAGUGAGACUCUGGACCUGACCACACUUCAGUGGAGUCCUGGGCCUCGGCUACCGCUCCCCCUGCGCGCCUUUGCCUGUGCAGCACUACGUGGAAGACUUUACCUCCUGGGUGGAACCACACUUGAACAGAACCGAGCUGUGGUCCACUCAGGCGUGCUUAUUUAUCACACCCUGACAGACUGCUGGACACGUGUGGCACUAGAUUCAGGUGCCACCUGCCUCGCUGGAGGAGUAGCAGUGCGAGGUGGAGUGUGCGCCAUUGGGGGAUACAUGAGGGAUACCACCAAGUUCCUGGAUGGUAACUACACCAACCUGGAGACUUUGGACGCUACAGGCCGUGUGCUGUUUUUCAGAGAAGGCAGAGGGUCAGGGGUGGAGAGGGAGGUGACUGGGGGAGGGGUGCUGGUCAGCGCAGAGCAGCGAGGGGGAGCGGGUGGCGGAAGUGACCGAGCUCCAAGCCCCGUCGUUUUUCCGGGGUUGCCUCGGCGGAUUGCAGCAGGGGGUGUGGCCAGGUGGAAAAGACGGAUUUAUGUGCUGGGAGGGGAAAACGGCUCGCGCUUUUACGACAGCGUGUACUGUUGGAAACCCGGCUGGCGCAGCUGGGUUCAGAGACGGGAAAAACUUCCGGGAGAUACCGGAGGCGUGAGCCAGUUUGGGUGCACCACUCUAAAAUUCCCUAAAAAACACAUCCUGUCCAGACUCAGACUAGCCAAAGAAAACUGCAAGAAGCCCUCUGACUAGCUGAGCAGGAAGCAGCGAGACUGAAGUGAGGGUCAUAGACACAGAUUUACUCCAAGGAGAAUCAGCUCCUCCAUGGCUUCUUGAAAUGUUGAAUUUUAAAAUGAAGUCACGUGGAAAAUAGCAUUUUAUACUAUCUGAGUUCAGCCACCAAGCAGGCCUAGAAUAGACCGGAUCAUCUGAAAGUGUCACAGAUACAUCAGUAGUCAAACAGGCAGUAGGUAGAGGCAGAAACUGGGGAAAAGUCAGGCAACGUGCACCUGAAUGUAACUGAAUCCACUGUUUGUCCUCUAUAACCCAGAAAAGGGCCUUCACUUGAUUGAAGUGUGAUGUUAUUUUAAGCUUUUUUUUGCUGUUGUAAUAACUCUAAAUUUGUGGAUUUUCUUUGGACGCAUCUAGUUUAGACACAAGGAUACUGGCACAUUCCUGUUCACUUUAUUUUCCUAAAUCUUUUUUAUUGCUCUCCUGAUCUCAGCCUGCAAAAGCCCUUUGAUACUGCAAUUUACAGCACACAAAACCUGACUGGAUGGGAAAUGUAUUGUAGAAAGUUUUAGAAUAACUGUAUUUAUAGAGCAUCUUUGAAAAAAAUCAAGAAAUAAUGGGUGUUGAAAGAAAGAAAGAGAAGAAAUGAGCCCAUAAAUCAUUGAUUGUAAAAUAGAUAAUGGACUUUCUAUAGCCUUUGUAGUGUUGCAUUCCUGAAGACAGGAAUACAGAAAGUAAUGUAAUGUAAGAAGAGCAUGGAUAUGAGUUUCUAAGUUUUCUGUGAGUUGAAAGGAUUUUUGAUGGUGCGAGAAACAAGAGUGAAGAACAGACUGGACCUGGUAAACAAUGUUUGAUGUCAAAGAUGACACGCACACAUCUGGGAGUCAUUUCAAUAAAUUGUGUGUGGAGGAUUUCAGAGCAGCCAUUGUCUCAGCCAUGUCUGACACUUUUCUAAUUAAGAUGCAAAAUGAAGGUUUUUGUUGUUUUCACAGAUUCAUUUUGAUCCCAGGUUACAAAACUACAUUAAACAGCUUUUCUAAUGGCUCCAGCCCUCCCUCCCCCCCCCCUUUUUUUUUAUUUAUUUAUUUAUUUUUUAGAUCAACAAUAUCAGGAAAUUUGUGGUUGAUAAAACUUUGAAUAACAAGCUGAUAUGUUUCUUUUUUCAUCUGACAUAAAUCAUUUGGCACUGAUAUCUGUGAAAGCCAUGGCACUUGCCGGGAUGCCAAUAUUAGUCAACAAGGCCAUUACAGCAAUGAAAGGCCAAUUCACCUUGUUUUUUUAUGAGUUCUGAUAACUUAUUAUAUGAUAACUUAUUUACUGUAGAUAUCUUAAUUCUAAUCAUUUACGGCUAUUUAAGUUCAUUGUUUUUAAUUUAUUACAUAUUCCCUAUCGUGGCCCUGCUGUAUUAUCUUAACAACCUCCACAUGUGAGCAUGAUUGGGAUAAAUAUUCUAGACAAAGAGUGUGUUACCUAACAGAAGUGAAUUUCCUGGUAAUUCUGACUAAUACGUUUAAAAAAAAAAAAAAAAGUUUUAUAUUCGUCUGAAACCCCAAUGUUAUCCUUUACACUAAGCUUUGAGCAACCCUUCAAGUCACUCCCUGUAUGAACCUAGACUCUUUUAGCUCCGCCCACUUUACGCCAGCUUUCUUCUGACUGGCUGCCCAGAUUAGGAAUAGGAAAACAAAAACAAGACGUGAAGUUCUGGUCACAUUGUAACCAGUACAUAUAUGCCAGAAAGUAAUGAAGAGAACAAUAUGUCCCCUUUAAAAGUGUUUUGGUUAGAAAACACUCGAGUGGGAGAAACGGAAAAAAUGAAAGACUGUAUUAACACAUUCAGUGAGUUCUUUUAAUCAGCUGAACAAGGACAUCAGUCAGUCAGUGGGAAACUGUCCUGGAGGAAACUUUGUAGUUAAUGUGAUAUCUAAACCCCUCUUAGAAUUUGACCUUCAGUAUCCUUGUGUCUAGACUCUGUUACAUAUCUUUCCUCCAUCUUGAAGCCAGUUCAGUCUCUGCUUGAUUCAGCAGACACGUAAAGCUUCAGCCGUAGGACUUUGAAUGUACUUGGCAUGGAGGUUAUGGACUAUCUAAACACACAUUGAGUAGCAUUGCACCUUAUUUAUUUAUUUUUUAAAAGUAUUUUAAGUCUUUUGUUGUUUCUAAACAUUUGUGUUGAGACUGCACUUCCUGGAUGUCCUGUAGGUCUGCUCAGAAAUGAUCUGCUGUGACUCUAAAACGCACUAAUAAUUAUUCAGAUGCCACAGAGAUUAGGUCACGGUCAGGUUUUGUUUUGUUUCAUUCUAAAUCCGCUUUUCUCCACUUUCCACUGAUAAAUAAUUUCAGAAUCCAAAGUCAAACUGUCCUCUUAUCCUUCCAGUUGAAAAUGUUGCGCUAAUAGUUUCUCCUUCAAGGUUGGAAAAGUGGAAUUUCUCCAAUUUUCCCAGCUCGCUUCACAGGCAGCAAGUUAUUUCUAGUGGCCAUAGUGACUUCCUAGGCUGUGCAUCCCCAUUAAAUACUGUGGUCUUUAUUUUAUGUAGUGCGUACUAAAUGAUACUUUGCUUACUCUAAUUUAUUCUUGCUUUAUAUUUGUUAAAUACAUGGACGUGAGCUGAGUUUCAGGAUUCCCUUUUCCUCUUCACUGCUGAUAAUCAGUCCAGUUUGGAUAAGAAUUAUUCCAAGUAGUUUGUUGGUACAGAGGAUUCCAUAUGUUUUUGGGAAAUGACAAAUUUUUAAUAUAUUUGCCACCUGCUUUGCCAUAAGUUUGUACAACACCACAGUGGAUCAUUUUCUGUCACUUAUCAAAUUCAGGGUUGCGGUUGGGCUGGAGCCAAUCCUAGCUGUCAUAGGUGAAGAGGUGCAGUACACCCUGGAUGCAAAUUCAGUCUAUUGCAGGGCUGACACAUAGACAGACAACCUUUCACAUCUACAGGCUAUUUUAAAAAAACAAAAGACACCAGUUAACCUUUGAACUGUGGGAGGAAGACAGAGUAUCCGGAGGGAACCCACACAGAUACUGGAAGAACAUGCACACACAGAAAGGCCACAGAUUGGAUUUGAACCCAGGACCUUUUUGCCGUGAGGCUAAUCACUGCACCACUUACCACUCUUGAAGUGCAGACUUUCAGCUUUAAUUCAAGGUAUAUAUUGUGUCUGAGUGUAAUGAUAGUUUUUUUUAAUACUUGGAUAAAAUCCUUUGCAGUCAAUGACUUCUUAAAGUCUAGAACUCAUGGAGAACCAAUGCUGUAUUUCCUCCUUUGAGAUGCUCUGCCUUUCAAGAACAUCCCAUUUCUUUGCCUUUAGGAUGUCUUGAGUUGCCUUUGCAGUUUGCUUUGGCUCAUUAUCCGUUUGCACGGUCCCAUCAGUUCUGUAUUUGUCUGGGCAGAGAGUACAGCUCUAUACACGUCAUAGGUCAUCCUGCUGCUUCUGUUAGCAGUCACAUGAGCUAUAAUGAUGAGUCGCCCAGUUUCACUGCCAAACCAUACAUGCCAAUACCAUAACGCUGCCUCCACCAUGUUUUUCAUAUAACGUGGUGAGCUGUUAAUCUUGGAAGUUCAUCCUGGUUAACCAGGCUCUUUUAGAUGAUGUCCAGUCUGACUUUGUAGUUGUUGAGCAUAACCAGUGGUUCACAACUUGUUGAAAACCUUCUGUAUUUCCAUUCAUGGAGAGGUCUCUUCAUACACAAAAACUCCUCAUGAGUGCCCUUGACUUGAUUAGAUGUUGUGAAAUUGUUUUGCUUAAUCAUGGAAAUAAUUCAACAUGAACUUAAGUUGUCUUCUGGGUUCUUUCAGGCCUUUUGGUGUUGCUGGUUCAGAUUGUUGAAUUUGUUCACUCCUAACUUUUUUUUUCCUUUUUAAUUAGUCAUGGAACAACAUCAACUGCCAUAACCCUGCUUUUUAAGUCAGUUGUCCAGUUACUUUUGAGCCUCUGGAAAUGGGGAACUGCGUAUAAAAGCAGCUGUAAUUCCUAAACAUUUAAUGCAAUACUUUUAUUAAACCCCUUGAGUUGUAGCUGGAAAUCUGCACUUUAAUCACGUUGAUGGUUUAAAAUCCACUCUAGUACUGUGCUGAAGCAAAACUACAAAAAAAUGCCAUUCCACAAAAACUUAUGCACCCGAUGUUUCACUUUUGCUUCUUCCUGCCUUUCACUGAGCCACUGCCAUUAGCUGAAAUAUGACCGCCAGUAGAUUGGCAGCUUUCUCUUCUCCCUCAGGUGAGGUCAGUCCAACCUGGUGUUGAAGUUUCACGGAUGAGCUGGUAAUGCGAGUCUCUCAUGAUGAGACAGUAAUGGUCUCUGCUCACGGUUUGCCAUUUUAGACAUUUGAUAUGGAAGAAUUCAUACCAGUGUGUGUCUGACCAGUGAGGGUUUCUUUCUUUGUUUUGUGUUUCCAGAAAACUCCACACUACACUGCCUGUUAAUUAUUUCCCCUGACUUGCUCUGAGCUGUCACCCCGGAAAUGUCAGACGAACUGAUUUCCUCUCCCUCGGUGUGCUUACAGCUUGUGUGACAUGUGAAAAGUGACUGUACGCAUGCAUGUUUUCUAUGCUGAGGCGUAAAUGUGUUCUACACAAGCUUUUCGCACACAUCCAGGGCUCACAUGCCGUGCGCCCAUUCAAAGAAGCUGCCCUAAUUUGUAUUACUUAAUGACAUUUGUGAACUGGAAGGCAAAUGGAUGCUUCAAUGGAAGCAGUGCUAUCAAAUGAAUAAAGGACUUUUUUGCUUUUGUGUUUCGUGACUGUGACUUUUUUGACAUGCCAGAACCUUUUAUGUUGACUUGGUCACAAUGAUUUACAAGAAUCAUAUUUUUAUCAUUGUUUAGUGAACCGUUGACCAAAAUAAGGAAAAGUACCCAUCUUUACUGGUAACAUUAUGGGUUGUUGUGGGAAUAAAAGAUGCAGGACAUGCAUAAAGUGGGUAAUUGUGCAUGUAAAAUAUUAAUUAAAUCCAGUGGAGCUACUUAACUCAAGGCAUGUUUUUCAUGGUUUAGUGUUAAUAAUUACUCUAAUAAAUAAACUGCUGAAUCUGCCCAUUGUCAAAAGUGACCAGAGCUCUCACUUAGACCAGUCGCCCCAACUUUGCUGCCUAACUGCUGCUCAUCUUUGUAGUCAAGUUGAUGCAGAAAUGUAGGUGUAUUUUUUUUUUUUUUUUUUUUUGUGUAGAUAA